AUGGCAACGAGUUAUUUGCCAGGUUUAGGGUUGCGUGAGAAACAGAAAGAGCAAGAUAGGGAGCGUCGCAGAAGACGCGAUAGAGAAAGAAGGCUAUCUAUGAGCCUUGAAGAGAGAGAGAGACAUCUAGCUAGACGUCGUAGAAAUUAUCAACUGCGAAGACGGAAAGAAGAGCAUGCUAAAUUUUCUCAACAUGGAAAAGCUAGCACUACUACUAAAUAUGAAGAUAGCGCAGUGAAUGACAGUCUAGCACCGGUUCAUGUUUCAGGAUCUAGUGUUCCAUCUGAUGCUGCAAGGCAUGUUGGAUAUAUUGGCCAGUUGGAAAAUCAAAUUGUACCUAAGUCUGAGGGUGCAGAACCAAAAUCCCAUGAAAUACCCAAACAUUCUGGAAGAUUACGUCUGAAUCAAAUCAGACAUCUUGCACGAAUGAUGAAUUCUUCGGAGUCCAAGCCUUGUGGCGACUGUCAACAAACCACAGUCAAUGCCACUAUAAAGGAAAAUGCAACUACAAACUGUUUGACAAGAAAAACUAUGCGACUAGUUCAUGUGAAACGUCUUGCACGAGGACUAAACUCCCCCAAUGGAAAGGCAACUGACCAAGACAAUUUGAGUACAAUACAAGGUAUGAUCCAUCCCCCUUCAGAAACAGUGUUCUCUGAAAUGUUUCCAAUCUAUCCUUCAGCUGAGUGUUUGAGGAAAUGGCAACCAUUAAUUUUCGAUGUUUUCCAUUUUAUAUACCAGGACUAUGGGUAUAAAUUUGCAGGAAAUUCACAAACAAUGGUGCUUUUAGUCAAGAAGGAUGUGGAUAUGAACAUGGUUCAUUAG